GAUCCAUUAUCAAAGUCAGCAGUGAAACGCCGGUCGGCACAACGCACGCGCGUACCUGCACCAGCGCUUAUAAAAUUCACAUUCCGAAUACAAAAUUUCAAAAAUCGAAUAAUAUUUACCCGGCAAUUUAACUCAAAAUGUUUGCCAGUUAUAAAAACUAAUAUUGUCAGUAUCAGUUAUAAAAUACAAGUUACAAGUGUGUGUUGAAGAGAAUUUGUUUGAUUUUAGCGCAAUUUUCGUAUGUAAUUUGUUGGUAUUAGUUAGACGUUUGUGUUGAACUUAGUUGCAAUGCCGGAUACUGGAGAAUUCAUCAGAUCGUGGAUCCGCAGUCACCAGCGGACUCCGUCGGGCUCGCGCGACUUCAAGGAAGCGACGAAGCGGGAUGCCCUCAAGAGGCUGGAAGUGGAGUUGGAGCGGCUGCGGGAAUCCGCCCCCGAGACCCGCCGCCCGCUGCUCGAGAAGGAGUUCCGAGGGUUCAAGAAUCUUUUCGCCAGAUUCCUAGCUGAACAGGGCCCAUCGGUGACAUGGGAAAAGAUCCAGAAGCUUCCAGAAGGCGCUGUGAUCGACUACUCGUCGCUCCAUACCCCCACCACGGAGAAUGUCCACAAUAUGCUGGACAAGUUGGUCGUGGUGAAACUGAACGGUGGACUGGGCACUUCCAUGGGAUGCAAGGGGCCGAAGUCUGUGAUCUCUGUACGAAAUGAACUCACCUUCCUGGAUUUGACUGUCCAGCAGAUCGAGCACCUGAACAAGACCUACAAGUGCAACGUUCCUCUGGUGUUGAUGAACUCGUUCAACACAGACGAGGACACUCAGAAGGUGAUCCGCAAGUACCAGGGGCUGAAGCUGGACAUCCACACAUUCAACCAGUCGUGCCACCCGCGCAUCAACCGCGAGUCACUACUUCCCAUCACUAAGAACGCUGAUGUGCACAACGAUAUUGAGGCAUGGUAUCCGCCCGGCCACGGCGACUUCUACGAGUCCUUCUACAACUCUGGCCUCCUCCAAAAAUUCAUCAAGGAAGGUCGCACUUACUGCUUCAUCAGUAACAUCGAUAACCUGGGCGCUACCGUCGACCUGAACAUUCUCAACCUGCUCCUCAACCCAGACUCCCAUAACGUCUCCGAGUUCGUCAUGGAAGUGACUGACAAAACCAGAGCAGACGUUAAGGGAGGAACUCUCAUUCAGUACGAAGACAAACUGCGCCUGCUCGAGAUAGCGCAAGUCCCGAAAGAACACGUGGAUGACUUCAAAUCCGUCAGCCAGUUCAAGUUCUUCAACACGAACAACUUAUGGGCCAAGUUGGAUGCGAUUCAGCGCGUGGUCGACCAAGGAUCAUUGAACAUGGAGAUCAUUGUCAACAACAAGUCUCUUUCUGAUGGAGUGAAUGUGAUCCAGCUAGAAACCGCAGUGGGCGCCGCUAUGAAGUGCUUCGAAGGCGGUAUCGGUGUUAACGUGCCGAGGAGUCGCUUCUUGCCGGUGAAGAAGACAUCUGACUUACUCCUAGUGAUGUCUAACUUGUACUCACUGUCGCACGGGUCGUUAGUGAUGUCCCCUCAAAGGAUGUUCCCGUCGACGCCGCUGGUGAAGCUCGGGGACAACCACUUCGCGAAGGUGAAGGAGUUCCUGAACCGGUUCGCGACCAUACCGGACCUGAUCGAGCUGGAUCAUCUGACAGUGUCUGGUGACGUCACAUUCGGCAGGGGCGUUUCGCUCAAGGGCACAGUGAUCAUCAUAGCGAACCAUGGAGACAGAAUCGACAUACCCUCAGGUGCUGUGCUGGAAAACAAGAUUGUGUCCGGAAAUCUACGUAUUCUGGACCACUAGGUAGGCCAUAGUGCGGAGCAACUGGCAGUGAACGUAAUAUACAAGACUACUAAAUAAUGGGAACCUAGUCAAAUGAGAUAUGUUUUACGCAAUAUUAAAACUACAUUUCUAUGGAAAUAUUGAGGUGUCGUCAUCAGUUGAAGUGUCAUAUAUAUAUUUAAAAAAAAUGGUGAGCCAAAAAGUAAAACGAGAUAGAUUUUUCACCAUCUUAAGGUGAACGCGCACCUAUUCGCGUCGCAGGUGCCGCACGCGCCGUAGUGAUCGCAUUUUAUAAAUCGUAUGCAACGUCGCGCAUUUUGCUGCAAACUAGUUUUGCGCGUUCACCUUUAGACUGGCCAGGCGCAGUAAUAUUCAUACUUUUAUCAUUUAGUAGACUUGUAUCCCCGAUCACAGUUAUUGAGGUUUUUAAUAUAUUUUAUCGAACCAUCCAAAGCAGAGGCUAGAGGAAAAGUUGGUCAAUUGAGAUAUUUUUUACAAAACGAUACGUUUCUAUGGAAUUUAUACAGAUAGGUAUAUACACGUAUGACGUCAUCGGCAACCGUGCUCAAACGUCGUCCUCAUUGUUAUAUAAAUCGUAAUUAAAAAUCACAAAUCAGACAAAAAGAAAAAUGAGUUUGAUUUUGGAUCAUGUUAGACUAGCUACUAUUUCUAGAUUAGUAUUUUAUAAUUUAUCUUUGACCCGGCCAUUUCAAUUUUGACUCUUCGUGGAGUCUCUUUGAGUUAUGAGUCGCCAAAAUGAUAUAUGGGAUGCGUUAUGCACUCUUGCGUUAUUAUUAGAAUGAAAUAUUAUUAUUACCUCCACUAACUGUGAUUGGUUUAAUAACUAUAAUAGUACGUAAGUCCUACCGCUUCAAGUAAGAUAAAAAGUGUCUGUACAACUCGGUCAUGUUAUAAUUACUGGUGUUCCGUAUAAUAUCGAAUAACGUCAUAGUUUGCGAAGGGAUUCAUAAGAAUAACGUCGCCUUUUAGUAAAAACCACAUAACCGCCUUUUUGAAAAAUCACAUUAUACAAAAAGGUAAGAAGAAAAGCGGAAAAGAGAAACGGAAAGUAUCCGCCUUACUGAUAAAAAAUACACAAGCGAAGCCAAGGAAAGUUCAAUCGAAUUAUUUUAUAAUUGGACUCAAUUUCGCUUGGCCCACACACAUUGAUUAUUGAAUUUUUUUUUUAGAAAUGGUUAAUCGCUCAUAACCAAUAAGGUUACAACUCAAAAACUAUGGUUUCGUGUUCAUACAAAAGCGAUUUGAAAGGAAGGAGCCUAUUUUAGGCUAAAUUAAAAUUAGAAGGUUAUAGUGUAAAAAUAUAACCAAAAAAAUAUGUUUGUUUACUCAAAUAGUCUGGGGAACUGUCAAAAUUUAAAAACCCUUAACAGUAGCGACACCUGAUGGGAGAAACAGGCAGUUUUUAUCCUCAUUACUGUACUUUAUUUUGUCAAAAUGGACAUUAUAGUGGCGAAUUUUUUUGAGUUGUCACUGUGUUGGGUUAUGGGCGAUCUAUACAUCCCACUGCUGGGCAGAGGCACACAGAUAUAAUCUCAUAACUACCUAUAUUACACAGACACUACACUGACGACGUUUUUGUACUCGCGCAACUGUGUGUGUGAUGUCUAGGGCUGCCACAGAAAAUGAAUUUAUUUUAGAGUAAGUAGGUACACUAUCCAAGAAGAGUUUUGUAAUGUAUACAAACGGCAUACGCUGCGAUAAUAAUAAUUUUAAAGUUUGAUUCAUCGUAUCACAAUUUAAUCGAUUAUAAUAUAUUAAGUAUACAACAGCGUUUUGAGUAUAUUUCGCAACAACCCUAAUUAACUUAAGUAACUUAGAAUUAUCUAAAACAAUUUUAUAUAAUUAUUAUUUCUAAAGUCUAUCUCUUCGAAAAAGUUUCACUGGCAGAAAAUGGUCUUUACAAGUAAAAACCGCAUAUUAAACACAGUACUUAGCGCAACCGAUAAAAUAGCGUAUUGAGAGUGAUACGUAUCGUUUUUUCUCGCACCUAUCAUAUAUACGUAGACAAACUGUAUUGCGUGUCGUUUUUAAGUUUCUUAGAAACAGACUUCACUCUGGAAUAUUCAACUAUUACAUAAACACUAGUUUAGAUUUGAUGAAAAUGGUUGGGGGGGAGGCUAAGCUGCAUACUUUGAGUGCGAAAGAGGCGAUAUAUGGGUCUCUAUCGCACUGGGCAAUGUAUUAUAAUCUGUCCUGCUGUCAUUCUAAUCAUGCUGCUAAAAUUCGGUUUACGUAUUACUCGAAUGGGUAAAACAGCGAAGAGAUAUUCUAACCUUAGUUAUAUUAAGUAUAGCACAGAAUAUUAGUAGACGUAGCUGUUGCAUGUGUGAUCAAGGCCGUUAAUUCAAUUACCUAUAACCGAAAUUAAUUUUAAGCUCUGCUUUGAAAACUCAAUCUUUUGAUUAUAGCGUGGCCCUGAUUCCUGCAAACACCUCUUAAAUUUAUUUUAAGUUAUACCUGUCAUAUUUUUCUCCGUCGUAAAAGAAAGGGACGGAUGAUAGACAAUUAAAUCCAAUUCAAUUUAAUUUUAAAAUGUACGUGAAACCCGGGUGAAUAAAAUACAUUUUGAGAGGGUUGUUUAAGAUUUCUCUCUAAAUUUCCUUUUCGGCGUAUAAGAAAAUGACAGGUAUAACUUAAAAUAAAUUUAGGUGGCGCCUACACCAACGUCUACUUAGAUGGAAACAAUAAUCCAGUUUUAGCUAUCAAGAUCAGUUUGUAUAACUAUCUUCUUUAUAUAACUUUUUAUGUAAAUAAAUAUGAAAUUAUUUAUUAUCUUUUAAUUCUUUUUCUAUGUUUAUAUCAAAACAAAACCAAAUGUUGCCUUUUGCUUAAAAUUUGUUAUUUAGUUUUUUUUUUUUAUAAAAAUGCCAUGUCUUAAAAUUAUUUUUUAAGUUUAAUUAUUGUAGAAAUAUUGUAAAAGUUUAUUGUUGGGUAUACGCGAGCGAAAUUUGACUAAUUGUUUUUUUAUUUAAUAAAAUAUUGUGUAAAAAUUUUACAGAUUUUUUACAGAUACAAUUAGUUUACAAAGCACAUUUUUUCUUCGUACAUUUAUCACUCCAGAGUCGUAAUUUUCAUGGGUUUAAAUAGUAUGUAUAUUAUAAAUAGUAUGUAUUGUCUACAGCACACGAAUUUUCUACCGCAGUUGGUUGUACGCUUAACAAGUGUUUUUUUUUAACGUGACUUAUUUUAGAUUUGCCACAAAUCGCAUUAACUACUUAUCGGGACAAAUGAGGAGCGCUGAGAACUUUCACCCGGUACAAAAUUUAAAACAACAGGCCUGAUGGUACCCAGUUGGGCGCGAACUUCGGUCCCAGAGCGUAGUCUGUUACCCGGUGGAGUCCGCGAUAUUUCUUGAAGGAAAUUCAAAUGCGGUCCCCACGGUCAUCCGCUCUUUUUUAUAUACGAUAUUUUUUUUAAAAUCAGUUUAUUUCCUGUCUAUUUGUUAACUGGAUUUUAUAGUAAGUUUCGAUACUUGUUGAUUAUAUUUGUUUUUGUAUUACUUAUUGUUAUUAGGUCCCUCCCCUACGGCGACUUGUAGUGAUUCAUCGUGACUGUAACGAUGCAAGCGCGCGACCGUGUUUACGAUGUUGGGGGAAGGGUAGCGCGUGAGUGGAGAACUGAGCAUCAGUGCGCCACAGAGUCGCGUUUGCAUCGAUGCGAACGCGCGAUAGUGUCGCUGUAAAGACCCGCCGCGCCGUGGGGAGGGGCCUUAGAGGAAAGUAAGUUUUAACUUUUUCUUUGUGUAGUACGUAGAAAAGCCCGAUUGAAUCGCUCUAGAGUGUCAAAGUAAGGUUGCCGUACAAUACAUUUACUGCGGUUUAUAUGGCUUCUUUGUAAAGUACACUACAAACUUAGUCCUAGUGUUCAAAUUAAAGUUAAAAUUUCAAUUAAAUUGAUACGUUGUUGGAUUA